AUGAUCUGCCGACCUCGCAUUACGAGAGAUGCUCUCAGCCAGCCUGGCAUUCGCGCCUUGCUUUUUCUCGUAGCCCUCGUUUCUCUAUACUCGAUAUACGGCUCAUUCUACUUUUACCGUGAUCCUCUCUCCAUUUUCUUCUCCGAGGAACAUGGGUUCGAUCGUUUCUACUCGGCCACGCGCCAGGCCGAAUCUGAUUAUUUUCUCGACGCCGUUAUGGCGGACCCCGACUUGGCGCAAUCCAAACUAGGCAAUUCUGGUCCCACACCCCAGAUUUGCGCCGUCUUUAUAACCGUUGGAAGGAAUGUGGAUGGUCGGCAGUACAUCGACAGUGCUGUAGGCUCAUUCUUGGCUAAUAUGUCCCGUGCCGAGAGGCAGACCGUGCACUUGAAGCUGUUCUUUGCCGACGUACCGAACCCUACUACCCAGCACAAGAGCUAUGCCCACCUAACGGCUGCUGGUAUCGCCGACGAAGUAUUCACUUAUAACUCCACCUUACCACCGAAGCAAAAGGAUGACAAGAUUCGCGAGUUUAUAGAGUAUACCAAGGAUCGUCAGGAUAAGCAUGCGCUAGAAAAGAAAACUGUAUAUGAUUAUGCAUACGCUCUAGAUCGUUGUGUUAUGACUACCGAGGCUCCUUACAUUGCGAUUUUCGAGGAAGAUAUCCUUCUUGCUGAUGGAUGGGCCGCGAGGACUUUAAGGAAUUUAAGAAUUAUCGAGGAGAUGAUGAAAGACCCUAAGCGGCGCGAUCCUAAGAAAGGUAAAAUUGAUCCAGGUAUACCAAACACAUGGUUAUACUUGCGUCUUUUUAACCAAGAACGGAGCUUUGGAUGGUCGGGCGGGCCCGGAUUUAGAAGCAAUAACCUUCAUGUCAUAUCAGCCGCGGUAGCUAUUCCGCUCCUCUUAGUUCUCUUUUUAGUACGGAGAAAGCUACCGCGUCAUCUAGCUCGACAUCUGGAUGGCUGGACGUUACUAGUGGUUUGCGGCGUUGCAGUACCGCUUAUAUUGUGGUUAUUCUAUGCCUCUGGUAAAGCUGCCCUCAUUGGUUCACCACCGGGAGUUCGUGAGGAAUUCUUCGGAUGUUGCAACCAGGCAUUGGUUUACAAUCGUGAACACGCGGGAGAGUUAUCAGAAUUCUUGAUGACUGCUUCUAAGCGAGCCGUCCCUGGUAGGAGCGAUAUGCUUCCAAAGAAGUUCGCUUAUGAUCAUGGCUUUGCGAGAGUUAGUGCGUAUCCGAUGUUAGCGCAGCACGCAGGUAGAGUGAGCGCGAUUGACACGAGUAAUGACGAGGCGAAGCGUGUAUGGAGUAUGGCCUUCGAGGACUUGAAGCCGUCCAAAUUGGCGAAGGAGCAUGUUAAAGAUGUACAAGUGCUGUUUGGAGACGAAGCAGCCGAGCAGAUGAGAAGACAGUGGGUUCAAGCGCCAGGUGUAGCGUGA